AUGACGUCCCGAAAACCAGCCGAUGUGGCGUCGAAGGAGCGCAACGAGUACAUUCCGGCAUUCAUCUCGAAAAAGCCCUUCUACGUCGACGACGAAUCCAACGAUGACUACCUUGAACAUCAGCGUCUACAAAAGAAAGCUCAAGAUCAGUCAAAAUGGUACGACCGAGGAAAGCGCACCGGACCAGCUGCUACCAAAUAUCGCAAAGGUGCAUGUGAGAACUGCGGCGCAAUGACACACAAGACCAAGGAAUGUCUUAGCCGACCGAGGAAACAAGGUGCUAAGUGGACCGGCAAGGAUAUUCAGGCGGAUGAGGCCAUUCAGAAGGUUGAUAUGGGAUGGGAUGCAAAGAGAGAUCGCUGGAACGGCUACGAUGCUAGUGAAUAUCGUCAGGUCGUUGAUGAAUAUGAAGAGCUUGAGUCGAUGAAGCGAGCGGCGAAGGAGGGCGCCGAUCUUCGAAAACUACAAGAUGGAGAAGAAGGAGAAGACGCACAAGACGAGGACAUCCGAUACACCGAAGAGUCCGACAUGGGCCGACAACAGAGUACCGCCACGCGCAACCUCCGCAUCCGAGAAGACACCGCUAAAUAUCUUCUGAACUUGGACCUUGACUCCGCCAAAUAUGAUCCGAAGACCCGUCGAAUGGUGGAUAUGGGUGCACAAGAAGAUCUGGCUUCUGCGUUGGUUGCAGAGGAAAACUUUGUUCGCGCUUCCGGCGAUGCAGCCGAAUUCGAGAAGGCUCAGCGAUACGCAUGGGAUGCACAAGAAGCAGGUAGGGCUCAGAUCCACUUGCAAGCCAACCCAACAUCUGGGGAAUUCCUGCGGAAGAAGGAGAAAGAGGAAACGGAGGCCAAACGCCAAGCCCAGCGCAAAGCCCUCAUGGAGAAAUAUGGAGGCAACGAGCAUCUCGGCGCCACUCCCUUGCGAGACACGAUGGUUGUCGAGAACGAGCGGUUCGUGGAAUACGACGAGUCCGGUGCCAUCAAGGGCGCUCCCAAGAAAGCUACAAAGUCGAAGUACCCUGAAGACAUCAUGGUCAAUAACCAUACUUCGGUCUGGGGCAGUUGGUGGUAUGAAUUCAAAUGGGGCUACGCUUGCUGUUACUCGACUGUGAAGAACAGCUACUGCACGGGCGAAGAUGGCAAAGAAGCCUUCCAGCAAGAAGGCAAGAUGUUGUUGCUACCAGAGGCAGAUGGUGAGGCCGAUGGCGAUGCUCUAGAAUCCUCGAAUGGUACUCGCGAGUCCGAGAGGGAGGAGGUCCAAGAAUCAACAGCAAAUAACAGGAAGAAGCGGACGUUGGAGGAGAUCAAGGCCGGCAUCACAGAGGAAGAACUGGAGUCAUACAAGCGGAGUCGCCUGGCUGCCGAAGAUCCCAUGGCAAAAUUUAUUGGGAAAGACAUUGAUUAG